AUGAUGAGGCGACCAGAUCGAUUGCUACUUUGGAGCUGGAAUGCAGGUGGUCUCACCACCGAUCUCUGGCAGGAACUACUUCUUACUCUUGACCUACUACCUGUGGUGCAGCGACCUGAAGUUGUCCUCCUCCAAGAGACCCACUGGACCGAGGCCAUCACUCCCAACUUUACCACCUCCUCCUGGACGGUCCUUUCGUCCCCGACAACAGACUGCAAAGCCGCAGGUCUGGUCAUCCUCCUCGACAAGCAACUUUGUGCUCGAGGCACCCUCACCUACGCAGACCCUCUUCCAGGCAGGGUGCAACAUGCCAGGUUAGAGACCAAACAGUGGACUGUGGACCUGCUGAACAUAUAUCAAAAGCCUCUUCUAGCUCAAAAAGAUCAGGCAAAACCUGCCCGGGACCUUCGUCGACAGGUCUGGCAUACGCUUCGCCAGCAGAUUGCAAGAAUCCCGACCAGGCACACCCUCAUCAUUGGAGGCGAUCACAAUUGUAAUCUUCUCCCCUCCGCCUGUGCGGGGCCGAGAGCCCAUUGCCCCACCAGCAAACACAUGCCGGAUCAACAUCUUCUGCAAAAACUUUUAGAGGACCAUAACUUGAUCCAGGUCAAUUCCUGGACGAGGAAGGCGGGCCCUACCUACACACAUCCCACUGGCCGGAGCUUCAUUGAUCACGUGAUCGUCAGACAAGGCCAGGCGGAUAGCCUCACCAGACAAGCACACCCGCUGGCCAUUGAAUUGGCAGCAUGGAGGCAGGGUGGCAAACAUAGCCCCAUCGUCGGCACGGCACGACUCUGUAGCUUUCACUCACUCAACCGCCCUGUGCCACCUCCGCGCACCUGGGACCACUGGUCCCUGGUACAGAAAUGCAAAGCUUGGUGGGACCCUCAGAUUUCUCACCUACGCAGCCUGAUCACUGAACAACUCUCCUCGGUGACACAGGUGGAAGACCUUGAUCGUAUGCUGGUGCAGCAGGCCCGGCUGGCCUUCCCACCUACUUCGAAGCCCAAUCGACUUGCACUUUGGCAGACUCCGAUCAUGGAAGGAGGACUCCGAGCCAUGUGGCAAGCAUACCGAGAGUGGAAGAAACCACAAGGUGCAGGACUCCGCCGCAUCCUCAAUGCUUGGAAGCACUACCAGCUUUUUCAGCAGAAACAAAAAGCUUUUCGCAAAGCGGGCAAGGAAGCCAAAAAGCAUUGGUUCCACGCUCGUCUUCACGAUCUGCAGCGAGCUGCUCAGUCCAAGGACACCCGGACACUCUAUGCUGAAAUACGCACCCUGGCCCCUAAGUCCAAGCGAUUUGCAGUGCAACUUCGGGACUCCCACGGCAAUCUCCAAGCAGCCUCGCUCCAGGCCGACCAACUGGAGCAUCACUACAAACAGCUGUACACUGCUCCAAUCUCUGAGGAGCCACCAUCCCCACCCACUAUCAUCCAGAUGCAGGUCACCGACCAGGAGGUGCACCGUGCUCUGCAGCUCCUGCCAGUCCACAAGGCGACUCCCCCGGGCAGGGCCACUACAUCCCUGUGGCACUGCUGCGCGGAUCUGAUUGCCCCGACCUUGGCCGAGCUAACUCGAAACAUGACCUGUGUACCCCAACAAUGGCGUGAUGCCUGGUUGACGUUAGAAGCCUGUUCCAUCCCGGCCAGAACUGUUAUGGACGCCUACGAGGCCAAGCCCAAAUGUCAAGGCAAUCAAGGCGGUAUACAAAUAUCCUUGGACCUGACAUCUGCUUUUGAUGUCUUGUCCUGGGAUUUGAUCUCCAGGUCAAUGGAAGCAGCAGCUCUUCCCUCGGAGCUCCAGGACUGGGUAUCCAGCUGGUAUAAUGAGGUUCGAUACUUCGUGAGACACCUAGGUUGGGAGAAGUGUAUCACUGCCUCUAGAGGAGUUCGCCAAGGAUGUCUCCUGGCACCUCUACUAUGGAGUCUUUGCACCGGGUACCUACUAACACUUCUACAGCAAGAUGUCACACCCAGUUGGGUGGUCCAUUGCAUUACCUGCUAUGCCGACGACUUCCAUGCAUCAGACCGUGUAGAUUCAUACCGAAGCCUUGAUCGCGCCACGACUCGCAUUGGAGCGCUGCUUGACCUGCUUGCUGAUGCACAUAUGUGCAUCAAUCAGAAAAAGUCGGCUAUGCUUCUCCGAGUUAGAGGCGGGUUUGCCAAGAGAUGGCUACAACAGCACAAGAUCAUAUGUGACUCUGAGCCGCAUCUCCGGAUUCGAACACCCAAAGGACGAAUCUACACCUUCCCCCUCAAAGAGCAUCACAUCUACCUGGGGGUCACCAUCUCAUACCACUCCUCGGCCAAGCACACGAUUGCACACCGCCUCAAAGCAGCCAAUCAAACUUGGCAAAGACUUCGGAAAAUUCUGUGCUCCAAAGGAAGCCUAGACGUUUGGAAGCGGGUAGAAAUUUGGAAGACCACCGUGCUACCCACCAUGCUGUACGGAGUUGGGCCUUCGGCUCCCAGUCUGCGAGAUCUCCAGAGAUUGCAACAUCAGCUCACACGACAACUGCGAGCCAUCACCCACCUUUUCGCUCACCUUAGCAAGGUCUCCACCCAAGAUCUCUAUGCCAGAUUCAAGGUUCGAAGACCAGAAGUGGGUCUCUUCUUCUUCCGGAACCGGCGAGGAGGACUGCCGAGGACAGCUGUGCGUGACAACACGCCGAGCCAUCCACAGGAUGUGGCCUCCGACGUGAGCUCUGCCUUGGUCCCUGUCACAAUCCCUGCUCCAGCAAUUGAUGCACCUCUCAUCCAACGACCUGAGGUCUUAAAGAUGCUGAGCGAAGGAUCCUGGGUCACACUGGCCAGUGAUUCGUCGGUGCAGAAGACUCUGCAGCACCACUGCCCUGUCUGCUUUCAGUGGUGUGCAGAUGCAACUGGACUCAAACACCACCUGGCGCAUGCACAUGCUUCCUGGCUCGAGCACAAAAUGGACCUGGACACGGACGAGGCCAAGUUUUUCGGACAGCCAGAUCUGGGGUCUCUGCCGCCCACCAAGCGGCAGCGACCGGAGGGAGGCUUUUCGACACAUCCGAUGAUCAAGGGCAAAGCGCCCACUCCUCCACCGACCUGGGACUACACAAAUGGUUCCGACCAAUGGGACAAUCCAUGGCCCACCCAAGCCACACCGACGGCCAAUCAUCACUACAUCGGGGAACAGACCAUUGCAUCCCUGAGGCAGGACAUCACCCUCUAUCUCUUCGUCAAGACAGGACAGGGCAGCAUUGUGUCUCUGCUCCAUCAAACAGCAGAGAAGUGGAGGGCAGAGAAAGAGAAAACGCCGUGCACUCUGACGUACUCUCUGAAGAUUGCGAUGUUCAAGCAGCUGAUGAUAGAGCUGCACGGUCGCUUGGCGGCGGUGGCCAAGAAUCCCUCCGAGACCGAAAAAGCCAAGAAACUCAACUGGAUAGACGAUCGCGGAAAUUGGAGAAUUCUCAAAUGGGAUCCAGCCAAAAUGGAACUUCAAGUGGACGAGAAUCAGCCGGCGGCGAGCACGGACGACCUCCUCAAGCAGACCGUGGAGAUGCGGAAGGGUGUGAGCGAGGAAGCCUUGCAUCGCUUUCGCAGAUACAAACGAAUGACGGACCAACCCACGUCCGAAUGGAUCCAGUUCCGCAUGGAGAUCUCGUUGAGGCCGCUGGGCGACCCUGUAUGGUCCACCCUCCAGAAGUGGAUCGGCCAAUCGGUUGCUCGCCUUCUACCUUGGCGGAUGUGCCUCAGUUGGCCUGCUGGCUAUGAGGUUCCAAGCUGGGAGGCUCGGCGAUUCCGAGAUGGCCAUCUCAACGUGCUAGAUCGGGGACCUGCCUACCUUCCCAUCCCCAUCCCUCUUUGCACAGGUGAAACAUGUCAUCUGCAAUGGUGCGUGGAUGCAUGGCACAGGCAAUCCUGCAUUCAUGCCCUCACUGCCGCUGCACCCUUCCUGUGUCUGCAGUUGCUCAGAUUUCACAAUGAGGAGGGGAGAAUGCAACGUGACCUCCGACCUCUGAAAGGCCACAUGACUACUGUGCAUAUGCCAGUCUUCCGUGCAGACAAUGCUGAGCUUCGCAAUGACCUGAUUUGCACUCAUGCCCCGUACCAGGUCGUAGCAAUGGCUUUGCAUUCUGGGGAAGCACCUACUGAGGGGCACUAUCGAGCUGUGCUGAAUGGCCAGCCGUUCUUUGGAGCGGAUAAAAGCUGGCAUACAGAUGAUGGCAGAGUCGCAUGCAGUUGCAAGUCAGAGGAUCACACCAUGCAUCGCAUUGCUGCUUACGUGAUCUGCCUUCGUUAUGAGCCAGGCUUGAACUCCGAAUGA